AAACUUUGGUUAAGAUGGUGAAACCAAAGUACAGACGCCAUGGGUUCGUUUCGAAAACGAAGAAGGAGAGAUAUGAAAAAGUAUCUGCAGGGCAAUUGACCCGAUGGAUUAGGGGAGCUAUUCUUAGAGACCACAAUUACUCCGCCAGUGCAACUCCUGUUAACAUUGAUCAUGAUCAAGAAUUGCCAAAUUUAAAUAUACUGGAAAGAGAGGAGGUGGUGGAUGGGGGAGAAGUGACUACAUCUGAGGAUUGGAAGGAGGGAAGGAGAGUGGUAGAACUUGGAGUGUUAGCUGAGGGCUUGCAGGGAUGUUGUCUGUUGCAGCAAUACAAAGUGUAA